UGACAUUGUACUCUCAACCAGCAAAAGAGAGACUGCCCCGCUCACAACGAGCUCAUGCUGAUAGCAGCAACAGCUAUCCAGCACGAUGGAGGCCUCUAUUAAGGGGGAUAACAUCAAAAACUUUGUUCGGCUGUUACAAUGCGCGGCGCGGUACGGCGACGAGCUGUGCAUGCACGCGAACAAGGAGAUUUGGGAGCUCGCAGUGACCAACUCGUCCAAGUCGGCAUUCUCGCUCGUGACGUUGCAGCCGGCCUUCUUCUCCAAGUAUCGGCCACUGGGGAACGCAGCCGAGCAGCGGCGCGGCGUCAAGUGCCAGCUCUACGUCAAGUCCAUCAUCAGCGUGCUUGGCAAGGCGUCGGCAGUGAAGGAGGUCGAGCGGCUCGACCUCAAGAUCCACGAUCCGGACGGCGGGCUGCGCGCGCCAGCAGACGACGAGGACGAGGACGACGAUAUCCGCGUCAACCAUCGCUCGGCGCAGCUCGAGCUCAAGCUCGUGUACCGCCAUGGAAUCACGAAGAAGCAUUUUCUCCACCUGCAGGCGUCCGACUUCCUGCGCGCAAUAGUUGACCCCGACACGACGCCGUCAGGUUUCCAGAUCGCGGCCAAGACACUCCGCGACUGGUUUGACCACUUCACGCUCGCGUUUACCGCGCCGGCCUCGAACAACACGGCCAACGUGCGCGGGGAUACCCAGCUCGCGUGGAUGCUGUCCGAGAACGAGGUGCGCGUCAAGAACCUCAACGGACUGGCGACAAACGCGCUGUCCACGGAGAUCACGCUCGACGUGGCCGAGUUUACAAACUACGAAGUGGUCGGGGGUAAUGGCCGUGUGGACCUCACGCUGCCGAUGAAGGAGUUCAAGGCAACGCUGCAGCUCGCCGAGCAGUUCGGCAUGGACCUCGACUUCUUCUUCUCCGAGGCGACCCAGCCUAUGACGAUCAGCUCGACAUGUUACGGUGCUGACAAGUUUGGCAACAACAAGCUUCUUUUCACGAUCUUCUUCGUCAUCGCGACCUCACCCUGCGACGAGUUUGCGUCGCUGACGAGCACCCCAGCGAACGGCAGCGUGAAGAGAAAGCGCGAGAGCGCGUCCGUGACAGUCAAGACAGAUGUCGACGCACAGAGCCGUAUGGGGAGUGUGCGCCCGCGGCCAAGCUCGAGCAGGCCGCGGACAAGUCUCAGCCUCACCGUCGAGCCACCGGACCGAGGCCCGUCGCAGGUGUCUCUGAGGGGCGCGAACGGGCUGGCGUCGCAGUCGCAGCGGACGCACGCCGCCGAGCCGCUCUUCCUCCCCGGUCCGAGCCAGAGCAUGAGCCAGCGCAUGUCGCAGCAGGAGGCGCUGGAAGCCGCCGGUAUGGACGACGUCGAUCUCGAGGCCAUGAUGGAGGACGCUGAGGCCGAGGUCUUGGACGAUCUUGGUCUUGACGACGACGAAGACCAUGCGCCAGCCGACUGGAGCGACGUCGGGGACGCGACGUUUGCCGCAGGGCUUAAUGCCGCGCAAAUGUCGACACCACGCGACGCGUUCCGACCUGCAGCAGAGAGCCAGACACUACGCGCGCCGUCGCAGCGAGUCCCGUCGCCGGUGAGGCCACCAUCCGGCCAGCCACCACAGCGCCGCUCGGCUUCGCCCGUCAAGCCGCCGCCACCACCACAACGCCGCUCAACGUCGCCAACCAAGGCCGUGGUGGACAACAACCCUGCGCCGCCGCGUGCCCCACCCAGGGGCCGGUCGGAGGCGCCGUCGCGGGAUCGGAGCGGGAGUCGGAGCCGGAGCCGGCCAAGGAGCGACGAAGAGCUGGGCGACGACGACGACGACGACGUGCCUGCCCUUGGUCCGACGCAGGCGGGUGGGGCAAACAGGUCCUACGGGCGACAGUUCGAAAGCUUCUUUGACGACGACUAACAAUGCGGCUCAGCCGCCAUCUCACCACCAGCAUUGCACCGACACCACACCACAUUCGAUGACCAGCAUCUCACAUGCAAUUAGGCCU